AUGGCGUCUAUUGAGCAAGAUGACAUUUUCAACGUUGAAGAUGAUGAAAUGGAAGACGAAUAUCAAGAGGAAGAACCACCUCAAGAUUAUGAUAUGAGGGAUGCCGAUGAGGAGGAUACCCAAGCAAGAGGUGAUGAUAGAGAUACUAUGCAAGUAGAUGAAGAUAUAAAUGAAGGGCUAGAAGAUGAAGAUGAUGAAGGACAAGUAGAAGGAGAAGAAGAAGAAGAAGAAGAAGAAGAAGAUGAUGAUGAUGAGGAGGAGGAGGAGGAGGAGGAGGAAGAUGUCGACGAAGAGGAAGGCGACAAAGGAGCUGAGGAAGGUGAAGAAGAAGAAGAAGAAGAAGAAGAAGAUGAAGAUGAUGAUGACGAGGAAGAGGAGCAAGAGGAGCACGAAAAGCUGGAAAAGCUGGAAAUUGCCGGAAAAAUUGUCAAGGACAACAAUCCUGAGAAUAUAGCGCAUAAAGUGAGUAAACUGAUUGAUGAGGUAAAUGACCUGAGUUUAGAACAACAGGAAGGUAAAGAGCCAGUACCCAACAGCAUACCAGAGAACAAUCAGGGUUCAUCGAGACCGUCCUCGUCGUUAAAAGAAGACCUCAAUAAUACUAAACUACCGUCUGAAAACACAAAAGAUACAUCAAUUGACGAUAGGGAAGAAACAACCAAUGUCAUUGAGGAAAAAGAGGAGAUGGUGGAGGUGGAGGUGGUGGAAAUGGAGGCCGAGGAAAACCUAUCUUUUCGAGAACAGAUAAUUGCAAAAGCGCAAAAAGCAACUGAAUUUGAUAUUAUACCACAAGUGGCUAUACCUUAUACAUCUCAAUGUCAUACAUUGGCAUUUACUCAUGGUCCCAAGUGGAUAUUGACUGGUGGAGAAGAUGGUUUCAUACGAAAAUAUGACUUUAUACUGUCUAUACAGGGGAAAGCACCGCUUACCAUGGCACAAAAGCACAAUUUAUCUGACUCAUUGACUAAUGCAGGUGUUAUAUGCUCAUACUGGGAAAACGAGCAGCCAUACACAAGAAAGCAAUUAAUGAAACUAAACCCAAAACUAAAGGAUUCUGAUUUUUCAACUGGUAGUGUUUCUUAUGAACCCAAGAUUAACCCUGUUUAUGCAUUAGAAGCCGAGAAAAAUGGUUAUUGGUGUUUAAGUGGACUUUCUUCUGGAGGAAUAUGUUUAUAUACUAUGAGGUAUAACGAAGGCGCAAUACAUUACUACUUCAACCAUGGCACCAAACAAAACCCGCGACGUGGACAUACUGACACUGUGAGUGUGCUCAGAUUAAACCAUGAAGAGAACAAAUUUAUAAGCGGAUCAUGGGACAAGACGAUACGAGAAUGGGAUUUGAACACUGGGAAAACAAUAACCGAGUUUCUCCCGUCUUCGGGUCAAAUAUCAAAUAUCCAGUUUCGUCCAGAUGGGCUCGAAGAUGUGACAUUUCAGGUUAUGGGAACAGAAAGAGAAGCUACCAAUCAACAGCAGGAGGAAAGGGCAGGACAAACCGCUGCUACUAUUAAUAAUAACAAUAAAAAUGACAAUGAGUACGACGACGAUGAUGAUGAUGAUGAUGAUGUAGACUCCUUAUUUGGAGAUUCUGACAAAGAAGAUGGAAAGGAAAAACAAGACAAUGCUACAAAGAGAUCUUCAGAGGCACAAUCAAAAGUGCACAGAAAUUCUGAUAUUUUCAUGAGCUCAAGUAUCGAUGGAACUAUUAACAUAUGGGAUGUUCGAGUUCAACAACCAGUAAUACGAAUAGGCAUUUCCGAGGGAAUUCCCCCUUGGUGUAUGUCACUGACAUGGUCAAACAACGGGGAUUUUAUCUAUGCUGGACGUAGAAAUUCCACGAUUGAGGAAAUAUCAAUCAAGAUGCCGCACAGGAGAUCUAGCUCGGGUCAUCACAAAGAUACGAUGGUCCCUAACGUUUCCAAGCUUUUGCAAUUCCCCAAAAUCAGUGGACCUGUUAGUGCAAUCAGUACUAUGCCCAAUGAUAAGUUUUUGCUUUGUGGGUCAAACGAUAAUAUCAGAUUAUACGACUUGAGAUUGUAUGACGAUUUGAAUAAUUCCGCAGUUAAUUUGAAAAAGCAAGCAACACCAUUCUUAAUUGUUCCUGGACAUCAUGGUGGUAUGUUGUCGCAAUUGUAUGUGGAUGAAACAGGUAGAUUUAUGGUUAGUGCAAGUGGAUAUAGAGGUUGGGGGCACGGUCAUUUUACCGAUACUGUUCUCAUUUACGAAAUUGAUUUUGAAUAA